CAAAAAAGGGAGAACCUUUCCCCGCUGUGCCUCAUCCCCACGGUGACUUCUCCCCGGGAGGAGCAGCAGCUCCUGGCUAGCACCUCCAAGCCCGUGGUAAAGCUCGUGCACAACCGCAGUAACAACAAGUACUCCUACACCAGCACUUCAGAUGACAACCUACUUAAGAACAUCGAGCUGUUUGACAAACUGGCCCUGCGCUUCCACGGGCGGCUGCUCUUCCUCAAGGAUGUUCUGGGGGAUGAAAUCUGCUGCUGGUCUUUCUACGGGCAGGGCCGCAAAAUCGCUGAGGUGUGCUGCACCUCCAUUGUCUAUGCCACAGAGAAGAAGCAGACCAAGGUGGAGUUCCCAGAAGCUCGAAUCUUUGAGGAGACCUUGAACAUCCUGAUCUACGAGACUCCCCGGGGCCCAGACCCUGCCCUCCUGGAGGCCAUAGGGGGUGCUGCUGGAGGUGGUGGGGCAGGCCGUGGGGAGGAUGAGGAGAACCGAGAGCACCGUGUCCGCAGAAUCCAUGUCCGGCGCCACAUCACCCAUGACGAGCGUCCUCAUGGCCAGCAAAUCGUCUUCAAGGACUGACCUCUGACCCUCCCCCUGCCUUCCUCUUUCUCCUGGGGCUUAGUCCCUUUCUCUUUUCCUUGUAAUCCCAGACUUUUGCCCCGACUUUGCUGGC